GUUUUGUCCAAUCGCGUCCGAUCUCUGCGUGUUCCGGUUCUUUGUCAUCAAUGGGUUGCCGGGCGAGUCCAUUUGGAGUGCCACUCGAAAAUGUUUUACGCUAUAUUUAAACGAGAUUUUGAGCCAUGAAACGAUUUGAAUUCCGUCCGAUGGUUGUAUCUAUCAUAUAAAUCGUGUGUUUCGUUCCGGGCCGCAGUAUUUAACGCGAUCGCACUUAGGCCCUUUCGGUAUUAAUGAGUCGGGCCCACUUCAGCUGACUGCGUCGUACGCAAGGCUACUCUAACUAAACUAGUAGUAGUCCGGCGUUCGAAGGAGACGGUCGGUUGCGGACGCGUGCGAGUGAUAUGCGGAUAUGUUAUUGAGGUUUAAAAUGUUUUUGGAACGUUUCCCAUAGGCGUGAGGGCUCGUAGAUCUCGCGAGUGAGUCGAACAGCGGUGCUAGUGCAAGCACAGUGCGCAGGGGGAAGCCGGCCGCAGCACUGAGUGCGGACGCGGACGAGCGGAGCGAACGACGCUCAAUAAUGCUCAAAUUCCUGACUCACAAGCUGCGAACGCAUUCGUUGAAUGAGGAGAGCGUUUCCGAGAAGGUGGAGGAGCGGGACUCCGGCACCGAGUCGGACGACGAGGCCGAGCGCGCCGAGCCCGGUGAUUUCUGCACUGACGUCAUCAUGAAGUGGAACGACGUCACGGAUAUCAGUAUGGGUGGCGAGGCGUGCGCGUGCGCCCCGACGCCGCCGCGACUGCUGCCGGAGCCCGAGCCUGACCACCUGUACGACCACCACUCCUCAGAGGAGGAACUGGAGGUGAUCAAUGGCGCGCUGCGCGGGGCCGGCGCCACGGGCGCGGGCGCGGGUGCUGAGGGCCCGACCACUGGCACGGGCGCCGCUGAAUCGCGGCGUCGCGGCGCCUCCUCCCCGCCGCCCGCUGCGCCCGAGAAACGCAAGUGGCCAGCACAGCCCUACUUAGACCCCGACAACGACGAGCACACGCCCCGGCCGGCGUCCUCCGACGACGACGACACCAAGGUGGAGACACCGGUGCGGUUCCGAACUUCGCCGCCGUUGGAAGCCCUGAAACCGCGGCGCGGGGGAGCGGGCGGCUGCGCCUGCGCGAGUUCAGGCGCGAGCGGGCGCGCGCCGCUGUCGCCGCGCCGGCGCCGCCUGCCGCUGCCGCCGCCGCGCCGCCAUCGUCCCGCGCUCGACUUUGACAAAAUGCAGCAGCUGAAGGUGGGCGGCGGCGGGGUGCGGUCGUGGCGGGCGGUGGGCGGCGCGCAUGGCGGCGAGCUGUCCGUCUUCUGCUGGUGAUGCGGACGCUUGUCGGUGGGCUGUCGCUGGCUGGUGCGGGCGCGGCGGACUGAGGCCCGUGACCGCGCAGGGCCCCUCGACCCCGGGCCCCGAUGGGCCGGCGAGGCCCCCGUGCGACCCGGCGCCCCGUAGCCCCGCAGUGUCACCGCCUCGACGCCCCGCGCCCCACUUCUGUUUUAGUCAAAUGUCUAUAAUCAGUCCCUGUUAGCGCAAAAAAAGGUUGUUUCAAGUCCCGUACUAUUGUAUCGACGGCCGCGGGGCGCGGGGCGACGGGGCGCAGUAGCUAGGUCCGGCCUGACCUCUCACAGCAUGUGUAGCACCACCUGAAGCCUGAAGCUCGCCCGAGCCGCCGAGCCACUGGGUCGGUCGGUCAGUCAGUCAGUCAGUAGCCACGUGGCUGGGCGGCCUGCGACAUCCAGUUCCUUUGUAAAUUGCACUCUAAUAAUGAUCAAAGUACAAACUUACGAUACUAGGAGGUGUCCGCAGACUGGCACCUCAGCCGGCGAUGCCCGCCGACACUGUUUUUCGAAGAAUUUACUCGUUUUGAAUACUGUGUUUUAUCCAUCAGUUUGAUACUUGACUAGAUUGUCAGAACGCGGGAUUUUUAAUGAAUAUUUAGUUAAUGAUGUCAACGAAACUACAAGUUUAUACGAGGCCAUCGCUAGGGUAACGCUGUGCCCAAAUUACUUUAAUUUGUCUAUUGUGAUAAAAUGGUAUUGUAAUGAUAUUUCAAUGGACUGAACACGAGCGGCCGGCGCCGCCCUGGCCGGCGACAGGGGCGCAGGCCGGCGCGCCGCUCGGUACUAGAGGUACGUUGUACGUAGCACGUGGGACUUCGCCUCGAGUUUUUGAUCUCGAAUUGCGAGUGAGUCGCGCCGCCCCGGCCGGCUGCGCGCGGUUCCUUCCUAGACUAACGUCGGUUAUAUUUUACCAGUUUUUAAUGUCAAUUGCUAUGAGGACGGCUGCCCCGGCGCAGCUCGUCGUUCGUACAAGUUUUGUCGGUUGUACUCUAGUUGUAUACUUAUGUUAGUAGUGUUUAGCGGGGCUAAAACAUUCUGUUACUUGUAUUGUGUUAUAAAACGAAAACGAAAAAAAAUGAAACAUAAUAAAGUUAAUGUGGUGCGAGUGGAGUCAGUGAAUUUAACGAUAAAGACAUUUAACAAAUUUUCAAAUUAAUAUGAUAAAAAGUACUAAGACUUUUUUUAAAAAUCGCUUGGAUAAAGAUAUUGUAUGUACAUAGUGUUAAGUGACGUAGAAUAAGUGCAGACUUAGAUGUAGUAGGUAUAACAAAUUGUAUGGCGGCGUCCGCUCUAUUGUUAACGACGUUUCUUUUUAAUUGUGUUAUUUUUUAUUUCUGCUAUAGUUUCGUUACUGACACUUUCAUUGUUAUCGAGCCAUCAGCUGCGCGCCCGCCGGGCUCCGCCCCGCUUGUUGACGUUAGUGUCGCGAGCCUAGCGCUGCUCGCUCUGCCGGACUGCUGCUAUAAGAGUAAUAUAAUGUGAAUAAAGGACAUUUUUGUAUGGGUUUUCUAGGGGUAAAUAGCUUAUAAGCAGUCCGGCAGAGCAGGCUCCGGUGGCUCGGAUGCGCCGAUAUAUCGCGCGAUGUACUCGAGCGGACCCCGCGGCUCCUUGUUUGCAACAAUCAGUGGUGAUAUUUUACAAAAUAAUUUAUAUUAUGUUUUUAUAUAUUAACAAGCGUAAUAAAGAGUGAGCAAAAGCACAUCUUAUAUCAAUGUUUCAUUAUUCCCAUGUGUUUGUGACGUCCGUACCUUACACUGA